AUGAGGAUGUGGCACAUAAACGUGCCACGUCAUCCAUAUGGUGAUGAUGCCCAGUACGUGUCUAUCAACAAGCUUCCCCCACAUCGUUUUUCACUCAUGAAGCAGGGGUCACAUCGCUGUUUGCAAUGUACGACAAGGGACAGCCAUAACGAUGAUGUGGCACGAAGAUGUGGCACCCAGUUCAUCAUUCUGUUUUCCUUUCCCCCACCAUCUGUUCCCUCUGCACCUUCAUACCACAUUGUCAUUAUCCACUCCCACCCUCAAUUCAUGUCACGCAAACUGCGCUCAGUGCUUGCUGGGGCUGCUCCUACCACUCCUACCACCCCUCCUGCCCCGCGAGCACCCCGAGGCCGCAAGCGGCUGCAGUCAAAUGCCAAGGACACCAUGCCAAAAUGCAGCAAGACAGAUACCACCCAGGAGGACCAGAACAGUGACAAGGACAACAGCAACAGAAGACCGCUGCCCAACGGGCAACUGAGGAUAAGGUUGAAAAUGCAAAAGGCAUGCCUGCCAAUCUCAAACUGUGAAAAUGGAAUCAUCUGUGCUGCAGACAACCAUGCAUGUAAUGAGUGUACUCAGAAACACAGAAAGACUAGUGAUGUUGUUGAUGUAGUUUUUGAUGAUCCAGCAGCAGUUGUUGGUGUUGAUGCAACAGAUGAUGAUAUACCUGCAUUGGUCACAGCUCAUGAGGAACCAGAAGUUGAUCUACAUCAAGGUGAUGAGAUGGAUAUUGAUAAUAUUCGUGAUACCAAUUUGGUUACUCUUGAUGGUGUUGUAAUGGGCCCUCAGGUUUGUGAACAGCUCAAUGCAUGGCUUGGUGGAUAUCAAUCAAUUCUCAAAUGCAUGACCCCAGGCAACUUUAACUGGUUUUUGCACUCUAUGUUAUUUUAUCAUACCAAAUAUGUUCUCCAAAAACAGCUGGUGAAGAAAAAGAGAGAAGAAGAUGCAGAGGAACUGAUGAGACAGCAGGAAGAGGAUGCUGAAGAAGAGGAAGGCUUGGGAUUGGAUGAGGAAAUUGUAGAAGAGGAUGAAGAGGAUGAGUAA